UUGGACUCUUGAGCUCGGUCGAUAAAACGCAGCUCAAAACAAAAGACUCUUAGCGCUGAAAAUGUCUGUUUAUUUAAUUUGGCAUCUUGUACAUUGCAGAAACACUUUUAACUUGCGAUUGAAAAAUAUUGGUAUUGAUUAUAGAAGAAGCUGUUUAAAUGGUAGCUAAGCGAACAUCUGCGAUUUAUGUUUACUUUUGUUUGAAUAUUUAAACCAUUUCAAAGCUGGAGUGUCCUCUUACACGAUGAAAAAAUGUAUAUUGAAACUAUCUGUGUUCUGUUCAAAUAUGUUUUUGUUUGUCUUCUCAAAACAUACUGAUUUUCCUUUUCCGGAUUGACAUUUUUAUAUCAUAAAAUGAACGUCUUGGAAUAAUAAAAACGUCCUAAAUUUUUAUGCCCGGUGUUAUUGCGAAAAUUUUAAUGGUUACAACUGAAUUUUUAUAUAAUUAACUACUUCGGUCAUUUUAAGAUCAGGCAGAGGUUUGUCUUAUUUCAAAAUGUUUCCUCAAUAAUAUCGUUCAAAGCUACUAAUUUGAAAUUCUUUUCUUCAACCAUUUAUUGUUUGUCUCGCAGUCUAUUUCAGAAUUUGGGUACAUACAGCUUAACUCUCGCCAUUGAAGUUCUGAGGUAUUUACUGACUGAACUAUGGACACUUUCAUCCACACUGUGGACAAAAGGGCUACAGCAGCAGUAUGGAGGGAGUCCAUCGAGUUGUCCAUACAACGAGAACAGAAACAGAUAGAGGCCCAUAAAGCUCUUCAUGUUGCGCGUAGCGUGACAGAGUUGAUCGAUGAGCGGAGGAGUGAAUUGCAGUGUCAGAUAGUGAGAGAACAGACUGACCUCGAGCUCAAAGUGGGAAGGGAUAGAUUCAACAAAAUAAUGGAGCUGGCCGAAAUGAAUAAAGAUGACUUCAAAGCAUCUCUGAGAGUUGGCUGGAAGACAAUGGACUACUUCCGCUACGCAUUCCGAAUGGUUAUUUUCAUGAUUCGCGGGUUCUCUCUUCGCAAAUUAUACGUUGACCCUUCACUGACCAAGGAAGUAAAUGCAAUAGACAUGCAACCCAAAUAUCAGUCUAACUGGGAGUUUUUGGCCUGUCUGUCUUGUCAGCCGCAGUACAGAACAAAAGAAAUGUUGGACAAGAUCUUCUACUUUAUUCGUCCCUUGCACCUGAUGGAACUAUUUCCCCCUGACAUGGGGAUGGAGGUGUGCAGACACGUGAUCUACACUAAGUACGAGCACGGAAGGGUACUUGUUCAUCAGGACACCCGGCCAGAGAGGUUCUAUUUUGUGCUGGAGGGCAAAUUAAACCUGAUUAGAAAAAUUGAUCUCUCAGAUAGAAAGAAUGUGGUCAAGUCUGUCAGCUGGAUCAACAAACACCAACACAGUGACAUGUCGCAGCUAGAAGAAGGGCUGGUAAGUCGUGAACAGAUGGUGACUGUGGGUCCCUCUCAGCUACUCUACAUCGACACCGAUGACUUCCUCUUCCUACGCAAGGCACAAGACAAAGUGCCUAGACUGUACUUGAUGUCUCUGCCUCUGUUCAAACAGUACCCAAUUGAAAGACUUCUGCAAUCUGUUGGGGCAGUUAGCUGCUCAUUCUACCCCUCGGGGUCACUGGUGUGCAAGAACCUCAAGUCGUCAGAUUCCUUCUUCAUUUGCAAAACAGGUAGUUGUUCAAUCUUGAGGCGUCAGAAUAUCACAGAUGUGAAGAAGACUAAAGAGUACCACAAAGCAGCCCACUCUGACUCAGUGGCCAAACACAAGACUUUCUUCCACGCAUACGAAACUGGAAAUCGUAAGCUGAUUGAGAAAGGUGCCUCUCCUGCUGAUUUUGCUUUUCGCACUAGCACGCCUUUAACAUCUGAAGUUGAGCAAUAUGAGAACCUUCAGAGAAGUGUGCAAGAGCGAAAGGCGAUUGUGACCAAACGGGUUUUCGUCAACAUCGGCAGAUUCACAAAAGACCAACUGAUGGGAAUCCAUGAAGAACAGCUGACGACAAGAGAAGGGGUCACCGACAGUCUUUCAUUGGUUAGCGAGGGAGCAGAAAUAAUAAAAAUUCAGAAGAAGCGCUUCUUUCAUCUCGCAGUUCCACAAACCCUGCUUGAAGUCCAGCAUUUUUUCAAAACAUUUGCUCUGGAAUCAGAGGUUCAGCAGAAAAUUGAUGACAGGGACUCCUGGCCACACUUCCGGAAGAACUUUGUGUCGAAACUUUUAGAGGACAAACAGAAACUGAAAGCCAUGUUAGAUCCCAGGGGUUCCGGAUGCCCAAAUAAUUAA